AUGAUGAACUCCAAGACAUUCAUUAGCGUGCUGGCUUGUCUCAGCGUCGGUGUUUCUGCCGGACCCUGCAAGCCAGUUACUUCUCAAGCUACGCAGGUCACUUCCGCGACGACCGAACUGUCUACGUCGAUUGACCUGACUACCACCAUCUCUGCAUCCGAAGCCGCUUCUACAACUGAGCUGAGCUCUCAGACAACUGAGGAGUCCACUACCGAGAUCGCGACAAUGACUACUGCUGCUGAUACUGCCUCUGAGGCCCCUACCACGACCACCGAGGAAGCAACGACAACAACCGGUGCAGCACAAUGUCCUGCCCCCUCUGCUUGCAACAACCUCGGCUUUGACUGGGCAUACUAUAGCAACCCUGCUCAAAACACCGACUCGACUUACUCCAGCUUCGUACCCCAAUCGUUCAAGCAGGACAAUCCCAUCUACGUCGGCACGACCCAUCAGAUCGGUGGCCUCUUCCAGCCCAGCAGCGGCGCCCAAUCCGGCCCCAUCUAUGGCUCUCCACAAGAUUUCCCCCUUGACUACUUCGCCCUGAACCACCACGGUUAUUUCUACAGUUGCGACGCUGGUACCUACAAGUUCGACAUUCCCUACGCCAACGACGCCGUGUACCUGUGGAUUGGCUCAAAGGCGUACGCUGGUUGGAACUCUGGUAAUGCUGAUGCCAAGGCCCUGUACAAUCAGCCUGAUCACAUUGCUGGUACUGCACACUUUGAAAUCGACAUUCCUGCCGGAGUAUACGUUCCUAUUCGAUUCGUGUAUGGUCAGGCUCAAUAUGGCGGUGGCUUUACCUUCACCGUCACAGCCCCUAAUGGACAGAUUCUCGUGGGCAAUGAUGUUACUGCCAGCCCAUACAUUGUGCGCUACUCUUGUGAUGGCGUUACUGCACCCCAAUACCCGGCUUUUGGCCAGGAGAUUUAG